AUGGCGCGCACCAUUGCACUCUGCAAGUUCGUCGGCACCAUCAGCCUCGGCCUGCUGACGGGCGUCUCGUACACGCUCAGCACCUCGGCCUUACCCGCUCUGCUCGAGCUUCCCACCGCCGUCCACGGCUACACCACCUUUCUGUCCAUGCAGUACGCUGCGAAGCGCCACGUCCGCCUGCUCACCGCCACCGCCGUCUCGACCCUGUCGCUCGCUUUCAUCCUGUCACCCCCGCGCGCCCGCCACCCCUAUCUGCUCUGGACCUCGCUCGUCGCGGCUGCCGGCGGCGCUGGCGUCGACUACGCCAUGCGUCGGCAGAACGGCGACAGCGAGAACGGUGCGCACGACGACAACGGCAGUGCCAAUGCGGAGCGUAGCUGGGUCGACCUGGAGAAGGGCGAGGACGUCAAUGGCGAGAUGGUGCGGAAUGGCGUCGAGAAGUUCCGCAUCGCUGAGGGUGCCCGGGCUGCUAUCAACGGUCUUGCCUUCACCUUGGGCGUCAUCGGCAUCUGGGGCGAUGGUGCUUGA